AUGGGUGUUUCUCCAAAAUGGCUUUGCGUGAUUCUUUUCUUGAGUGUUGUCUUCCAUAUGAGUGCAAUUGCACUUGGAGAUGACAAGGUUGAUAAAACUAGAUUUAGGGAUGAUGGCUGCCGAUUUGGAGGCCGACGAGGCUGUGGUGGUGGUCGUGGUGGUGGAGGAGGGGGAGGGUUUGGUGGUGGUUCAGGAAAAGGCGGGGGAUUUGGAGCUGGGGGUGGUGUUGGUGGAGGUGGUGGCUUUGGUGGUGGGGGAGGAGGUGGUGUUGGGGGCGGGUCAGGUCAUGGUGGGGGUUUCGGAGCUGGUGGAGGCGUAGGAGGUGGUGCAGGAGGAGGUGUGGGUGGUGGUGGAGGCGGGGGAGGAGGAGGUGGAGGUGGAGGUGGAGGUGGAGGUGGUGGUGUUGGCGGUGGUUCAGGUCAUGGUGGAGGUUUCGGAGCUGGUGGAGGAGUAGGAGGUGGUGCAGGAGGAGGUGUAGGCGGUGGUGGUGGAGGUCAUGGUGGAGGUUUUGGAGCUGGAGGUGGUGUUGGUGUUGGUGGUGGCGCUGGAGGUGCUGGUGGAGGCGGUGGCGGAGGUGGUGGUGGUGGUGGUGGUGGUGCAGGCGGAGGAUCAGGCCAUGGUGGUGGCUUUGGUGCAGGAGGCGGUGUAGGAAGUGGUGCUGGUGGAGGUGUUGGAGGGGGAGGAGGUUUUGGAGGAGGCAGCGGCGGUGGUGUAGGUGGAGGAUCAGGCCAUGGUGGUGGAUUCGGCGCUGGUGGAGGUGCUGGUGGUGGAGCCGGUGGAGGUGUAGGGGGUGGUCAUGGAGUUGGAGGCGGCGGAGGAAUUGGAAUUGGAAUUGGAAUUGGGGUUGGAGUGGGAACUGGAGCUGGAGCUGGAGCUGGCCGUGGCUCUGGAAGUGGCUCCGGCAGUGGUGGUGGUGGUGGGGGAAAGUGA